AUGUCCGUAUCCGCAACAACCUCUGGCGCAGACCCAAACGUUUCCAACUUCAUACACACCCUCAAACCAAUGCACAACCGCACCGCCAGCAACGUCUCGUCCUCCUCCGAAGCCUCGAGCGAUGCUCCUAACGUCGAUACCGCAAUCUACCCAGAUGGCAAGAUGUCACUGGCGGGGAUCUCGCUGCGUGCCAUGCUCCUCGGAACCAGUUUCGGGCUGACAGCCAGCUUGACGCUGUUCCUGAGCACCGUACACGAGACCCCACUCUGGCGCGUGCCCUUCUUCAUCGCCUCCCUGAGCCUAUUCCACUUCUUGGAGUUCUACGUGACGGCACGUUACAACACACGGUACGCGACUGUGUCCGCGUUCCUGCUGUCGUCAAAUGGAUGGGCAUACAAUGUUGCACACGGGUCUGCCGUUGUAGAGUGUCUUGUGUCGCAUAUUUUCUGGCCUGGACAGACUGUUGCUACGCGGAUGCUCAGUGUGACGGAACCGUUCUUCGGAAGCUCGGUUUCGUUAUUGCUGGUUGGGGGAUUUGUGCUUCUGUUGAUCGGACAGGUCAUUCGGACGAUUGCAAUGGCGCAGGCUGCUAGUAACUUCAACCACCAUGUGCAGAGUCGGCAUCAGGAGGGCCAUGUUCUGGUCAAGACUGGUUUAUAUCAGUAUCUGCGGCAUCCAAGCUACUUUGGCUUCUUCUGGUGGGGUCUAGGAACGCAGCUUAUCCUAGGUAAUAUCGUCUGCUUUGUUGGCUAUGCCUUGGUGCUGUGGCGGUUCUUCUCAUCCCGUAUCAAGCGCGAGGAAGCUUACUUGAUAUCCUUCUUUGGCGAUGAGUAUAUCGAAUACCGCAAGACCACCCCAGUGGGUAUUCCGGGCAUUUAA